CCAUUAACCUUAGCAUUUGGCAGAAAUUUACACCGCCCGCCGAAAAGUUGUUUCGCUCAAGAUGUCAAAUCAACAGCGAGCGCCCUGCAUUGGUAGAUCGCAGGGCGUAAAAAUACUACAACUUCAUCUUCACAAUGGCAUCUACAGACGAAAAUAAGCCACCGAUUGUCUCGGACUCCGCCAAGGAUUCCGAACUGCAAUUUGAUCCAACUGCCCGAACACGCAAUUGGUUUUCCAUCCUUCUUGGUACAAUGCCUCCAUCCCACCAGAUCCUCUAUCGCGAAGACCAAUACGCCCGCCACGAGAAGCGCGACUGCGACAAAUGUGAAGAAUGGCGAGAUUAUAACUUAAAAUAUUCGCCGAUCGUCAUAUUCAUGCAAAAGAACAUACGUGAUCUAAAUGGAAAGCUCGAUGCAGAUAAUAUACGUUGCAGGAGGUGUCCCACACGAAUCACAGAAGAUGGGAAAAUGGUGAGACAGGGUGGAGGAUUCAGCCCUGAGCAUGGAAUUCAAUUAUGUGCGAAUGAAAUGAGGGAUAGUAAACAUGUGGAGGAUACGUUAGCACAUGAGAUGGUUCAUGCGUGGGAUCAUUUAAGAUGGAAGGUGGACUGGGGGGAUCUGCGACAUGCAGCUUGUUCGGAGGUUUGUAUGCGCCGUUUGGGCUGGCCUAGAAUCAGUCUAGCAGUAGGAAGCUAAUCAAUGGCAUAGAUCAGAGCAGCAAGUCUGAGUGGAGAAUGUAGAUGGGCGAGAGAGUUCUGGACGAGGAAUAACUACAGGGUAACACAACAGCAUCAGCAAUGCGUCCGCAGGAGAGCAGUCAAGUCAGUGUUGGCUAGACCAUGGUGUAAGGACGACGUUCAAGCUGUGAAGGUAGUAAAUGAGGUUUGGGAUUCGUGUUAUUCGGAUACUCGACCCUUUGACGAGAUCUACAAGUGAGGCCGUUUUAUGAGAUAUGCCCAUGUAAUAUAUGGUAGCUUUGGGUUGUUAAAUAAUCGUAUUCAGUACCUAAGUACUUGGGUAUAGAGAUGUAUAUCAAGAUGGGCG